AUGAACGAAGAGUCCAACAUGGGUGCUGUCUUCAAGGAAGAGGAAGCGCAAUCGGGCGACGUGGUCGACUUUGAGGGAGACUCCGACACCCACAACCCGCAGAACUGGCCCAUAGGGAAAAAGGUGUAUACGACAGCCCUGUGGGCCCUGACUACCUGCUGGAUCACCUUCGCCUCCGCCAUCUACUCCGCCGGCACAGCAGAGAUUAGUGAGGAGUUCCAUGUGUCUUACGAGGUCGCCAACGCGGGCACCAGUCUGCUCAUUUUUGGGUUUGCCCUUGGACCCAUGCUCUGGGCGCCUCUGUGUGAGGUCUACGGCCGGAAAUGGCCUGCUCUCGCUCCCUAUUUCAUUAGCGCAGCCUUCGCCUUCGGCACUGCGACCGCCAAGGAUAUCCAGACAAUCCUAAUUACAAGGUUCUUCGCCGGCGUCUUCGGCAGCUCCCCCAUCUCCAUCACAGGCGGUUCCAUCGUCGACAUCUGGACCCCACGCCAGCGGGGCACCCCCAUGGUCUGCUACGGCAUCACCAUCGCUGCCGCACCGACCCUGGGGCCUAUCAUCGGCGGCGCCUUUAUCGCCAGCGGCUGCGGCUGGCGCUGGACCGAGUACCUCACCGGCAUCGUCAUGAUGGUCCAGUUCGUCCUAGACGCCUUGUGGCUGGACGAGAGCCACGCUGACGUGCUUCUCACUCGCAAGGCAAGCCGCCUCCGUCGGUCUACGGGGAAUUUCAGUCUCCACGCUAAGUGGGAGGAGACUAGCCCUACGUUCAAGAGUCUACUGAGUACCUACCUUGUCCGCCCGUUUCAGAUGCUUCUGGAUCCCAUCUGCUUACUGCUCACGAUCUAUACCUCUUUCGUCUAUGGUAAGCACUACAAAUAUCCCCAGCCCAAAUUCAAAUGUUACCUGUGCUGUGCCAGUAUUGUUACCUUCCCAGACCCUGCUGACUCAUGGGGACUUUUUCCAGCCAUCCUUUACGCGAGCUUGGAGAGUUUCGCUCUCGAAUACGGCCGGUUCCGAAGAUGGGGCCCUGUCGUGAGCCAGCUUCCCUUCCUGUCGCUCUUGAUUGGCUGUCUCUUUGCCGCGGCGGCCAACAUCUUCAACAACAUCUAUUACGGAAAGAAGCUCGUCGCCAACAACUUCAAGCCUGUUCCUGAAGCGAGACUUCCACCAAUGAUGGUGGGCGGCUUCGCCUUCUCUGCAGGUCUUUUCCUUUUUGGCUGGACCUCGGUUGAGCACGUCUCUAGCCCAUGGCCAUCCAUCAUUGGCGUCUUCCUUACUGGGGUUGGCUUCACCACCAUCUUCCAAUCGUCCCUCCAGUAUCUCGUCGAUACUUUCACCCGCUACAGUGCUAGCGCUAUUGCGGCUAACACUUUUGUCCGAUCCAUGGCUGCAGGUGCUUUCCCUCUCUUUGUCUGGCCCAUGUAUGAAAAGAUCGGCAUCGAUUGGGGGAGCACUAUCUUUGCCUGCAUUAGCGUGCUUCUGCUGCCAGCUCCAUUCCUCUUUUUCAAAUGGGGUUAUCGGAUCAGGGCCCGUGGCGAAUUCAGCAAGCUCUCGACCUAUUAA